CAUCAGUUUUGGUUACGCCUAAACUUUAACUUAAAGAAAACCUAACAAUGGGAGCUAAUCAAGGUAGAGAAGGAACUGAUGCUGCUUCUAGAGGUCUCCCUGGCCGUCCCGGGGCUAUCUCUCCCGGUAACAAGUACACCGUUCAACCGCCUGCAUCAGCACAGGCUCUUCAGGCUCUACUGAAUCCCGUCAAGACGACAGAGCAUCAUUCUUUGGACAGAACACUAAAGGGAUUCCUGAGGCACUGUAACUUAGGAGGACUGGAAUAUAGACUAAGACUAGCUGGUAUCUACUCACUAGAGGAUUUGGUUCAUGUUGAUGAGGCAAAGCUCUGCCGUCAUGGUUUCACUCAGCUCAUGGCCAAGAGACUCUACGACUCGCUUGACGAGUAUCUUGCAGAACCGGAAGAGAUCACACCUCCUGUUCCACUAAGGAGACGCCCAUCGGAAUUGGUGCGGAGGGUACAGAUGCCAUUUACUCGUGCCUCGACUCUUAUGAGGAGCCGCAAGAACUUUGGUAAGAUGAACACAAAGAGGGGCAGCGCGAGAGGGAGAACCCCUCCACCCCCGAGGAAGCAAAGACCAGUUAGCCUGAGGAUGCCUGACGAAAAGAAAGUCUCACAAGAAGGCUCUUUCUUAAUCUCUCCUACUCACUACCCCGAGUUAUUACUCUCUCAGGAGAACAUGACACCUGUCAAUCCGUCAUCACCCACUGGCCCACUGUCAGCUGCAACACCAGCUAAUGAUGGAGGUACAGCUGGAGAAUAUGAUAUUAUACCAACACUCAUCGAGUCAUUGCCUCCUAUUGAUCCAAACUCCGAAUUUGACGUCAUCCCUUCUGUCAUUGAUGGACGCAACAGCACUUCCACUAAUAGUAAUGCCACACCUACUCAAGUCACACCCAUAGGGCCAGCCCAGUCUAUUUUAUUAGAAGUCCCCCAGGCAAUAGAGAGGUGUAUAUCAGUGCCUGAUGGUAUACAUAGAUUAGAGGAUGGACUGGAAGAACAGGACAGAGAGGAAGAGGGAGGAAGGGCAGUCGACACUCUUUCAUCUCUGAGAGGCUCCAUAUCUCUCUCGUCCUCCUCUCCUUCCUUAUUUGGACUGGGGGAAGAGAGAGAGGGAGCCAGUCCUUACCUUUCUCAAGAGGUCGACCCGGUCCAAGAGGCACUUGAUACUCUUCACGACUCUUUGGGGCGAUUGGAAGACGUUGUGUCCUCGAUGUAUGUCCUUCUUGACUUCUUAAAGCAAGGUUACUGGGUACUGACGCACCCGACAGAUCUUGAGGCUUUGGUUAAGAACAUUAAUCAAUUCAUUGAUGAUUUGGAGCUCGUUGAGCUGGGAUCUCGGGUUAUGAAGUACAUUAUGUUCCAGAGUUUGAAGAAAGGAGGAUCCUUUUUCCGAUCGGAGGCAGAGUUAUCUCUUGCUGUCUGUCAGUGUAUUGUUAAUGUGCUUAAGCUUUACCCUCACAGUCAGAGGGUCCAGCUGAAUGGGACUCAAGCUCUUGCUAACCUGGUUAGACUUGACGUGUCACUUGGUGAUGCUUUGUUGAAUGCGAAACUGUUUCCUCAUUUUACUACAACUCUUCAGUUGUAUGGAGACCACGAGUCAAUGUGCCUAGCGUUGCUUAAUACGCUUGCAUCAAUAUCAGCUUCAAUCACCAGUGCUGGAGAUGAGCUAUCUGUUGGUUUUGAGAAUGUACUGAAGGAAGCAGUGAAUGUAAUGAUGCUUCAAUCGCAUAACAUAGAGAUACAAACCUAUGGUCUCUCCUUCAUUACUUUGUCACUCAUAGAUGUUGCUGCCCGGAUUAAUGGAGGCUUGAUGAAAGAUGUAGUUACAGCAAUCAUUAAUUCAGCUAAUAUUCAUUCAGAUAACCCUGAUGUCGCUGUAGGAGUCUGCAAGGCUUUAUCUGAAGUAGUGUCUCAUGAGGUGCUUCAGGAAGAAGCUUUAAGAGAAUCAGUUACUGGUUGCUUGCUCUCUGUAUUGGCUGAUCACACAAAAUCAUCCAAAGUCCAAAUGUGGGCAUCUUAUGCACUCUAUCAACAAGUCUCUUAUAACAUAUCAUUACUUCCACUGGUUCAGGAUACUGGAGUGAUAGAAAAGUGUCAAAAGACAUUGCCUCAUCUUUCGAAAGAGGCCCAGUCCUAUUUGCAAAAUCUCACUGAGAUGGCAUCAUUAUGAACUACAAUGUCUAUAUUUUGCUUAUUAUUAUUAUUAUUAUUAUUAUUAUUAUUAUUAUUAUUAUUAUUAUUAUUAUUAUUAUUAUUAUUAUUAUUAUUGUUAUCAUUAUUGCUAUUAUUUUAUGUAUUUUAGCUAAGCUGUCACUUCAUAAAUAAUCAUAAGUCUUUGUUGGUUUAUAUGUGUGUGUGUAUAUAUAUUCAUAAAUUCUAUAGUUGUAUUCAUUGCUUCACUGAUUAGUUAUUGGAUGAAAUUAGCCUACAUCAAA